AUGGUUGAUAUGUCUGAUUUGACGGAUGGUGCUGCACGUGAAAUCGUUAUGGAUGAGAGUGUCUUCGGUAUUGAAUUCAAGUCACUUAUUACACUUGAUGACUUGGAGGAGAUUUUUAAGCAUGAUCAACUAGGCGUCAAUAACAUGCACUCAUACAUUCGGUUGUUGUAUGACAGAGUGUUGCGCGGGACUCCGUUGUCUAACAGAUUCCGUUUCGUGUCUUCCGCCCACUGCAGCGGAAUGGAAAUUGAUUCGGAACCGGAAUCAGUUAGACAGUGCUUAGUAGAUAGAUUCAUGUCCACCGGCAAUACAGAAUGUCUGCAUCUUUGGGCGUAUAAUACUCGACCAGUAGGAGCACACUGGUUGCUGCUUGCUAUCAACCCUAUAAGGGAAGUCGUGUAUUAUCUGAAUUCGGUAAAUGGUGAAUGGACCAAUUAUCCGGCCAUGAAGGACAUCGUUGAUUUAUCAAUACAAGUGUUCCGAAGUCAACGGGACGCACAGGUAUCCCGAACUAAAUCUAGCAACAUUACUUGGAUCCAAGGGGUGUAUAUUGUAGUUAAGGAGCAAUUCUAG